AGCCUAAAAAGUUGCUUGUUGGACGGUUGGAUGGCUUGACGUGCGGCUGGAUGGAGUCUGGGGUUUAUGGAUGAAUUGGACAUAUUGGACUGACGUUCUUCUGCGAUUUUCCUGUGUGCCUUAGACUCAAAUGCCGACCCGCUUCUCCCAAACUCGCAAGCACCGCGGCCACGUCUCGGCCGGACACGGUCGUGUUGGCAAGCACCGCAAGCAUCCUGGAGGUCGUGGUCUCGCUGGUGGUCAGCACCACCACCGUACCAACUUCGAUAAGUACCAUCCUGGUUACUUCGGUAAGGUCGGUAUGCGCCACUUCCACUUGACGCGCAACGCACACUGGCGGCCGAUCAUCAACGUCGACAAGCUGUGGACACUCGUCCCCGAGGAGGAGAAGAAGGACCUGACGGAGGGCUCCGAGGUCGUGCCAGUGAUUGACACGCUCCGACACGGCUACGGCAAGGUCCUGGGCAACGGACAGCUCCCAAAACUUCCCUUCAUUGUGAAGGCACGGUUCGUGUCUUCGAAGGCAGAGAAAAAAAUCAAGGAGGCUGGCGGUGUUGUGUCAUUGAUUGCAUGAGCGCUCUCUACCCUCUCCUUGCUACCUCUAUCUCUCUGCAUACUACGGCCCAUGAUUCGACAUGCAAUACAGCCACCAUGCCACAUGUAUCUCAGACGCGCGCGAGUUUUAUUGAGG